CCUGUGUCACGUGGUUUUCUGCAGAGAUGCAACCCUUUUUCGUUGCCAUGAUAUGAAGUGCAAAUCCAAGACGGCCGCCCGAACAAGACGCGAGAAAGAAAACGCCGAGUUCUAUGAACUGGCGAAGUUACUUCCCCUUCCGUCCGCCAUUACUAGUCAGCUGGACAAGGCGUCCAUCAUACGGCUAUGUACCAGCUAUCUCAAAAUGAGGACGGUCUUCCCCGACGGACUAGGGGAUGGUUGGGGUCAAAGGUCACCGCCAAGAACCUUGCUGGAAAAGGAACUUGGAUCACACCUUCUCCAGACACUAGAUGGCUUCAUAUUCGUUGUUGCUCCAGACGGGAAAAUUAUGUACAUAUCCGAAACUGCAUCCGUCCACUUGGGAUUGUCACAGGUAGAACUGACAGGAAACAGUAUUUAUGAGUAUGUACAUCCGGCAGAUCAUGAUGAAAUGACUGCGGUGCUCAAUUAUCACUCCUCCCCUUAUCCAUGCUGUUAUAAAGAAUUUGAAAUAGAACGGUCCUUUUUCAUUCGCAUGAAGUGUGUACUUGCCAAAAGGAAUGCGGGUCUUACUUCCGGUGGAUACAAGGUUAUUCACUGCGGGGGGUAUUUAAAAAUCAAACAAUACAACAUGGAGAUGUCUCCUUACGAGGGAUGUCAACAAAAUGUCGGACUAGUCGCCAUUGGCCAUUCACUUCCGCCAAGUGCCAUAACGGAAAUGAAGAUGUUCAAUAACAUGUUCAUGUUCCGUGCAAGCCUCGAUUUGAAACUCAUUUUUCUGGAUGCAAGGGUCGCUCAGCUGACUGGAUAUGAGCCCCAGGAUCUGAUAGAGAGGACCCUGUAUCAGUACAUCCAUGCCUGUGAUAUUCUACACAUGAGAUUUGCUCAUCACACACUUUUGUUAAAAGGUCAAGUCACCACUAAGUAUUAUCGUUUCCUGGCCAAGGAUGGCGGAUGGGUCUGGAUACAAAGCUACGCUACAAUAGUUCACAACAGCAGAUCAUCUCGCCCACACUGUAUAGUGAGCGUGAACUACGUUUUAAGUGAAGUUCAAGCAAGAGGUCUUCAGAUCCAGUUAGAACAAACUGUCCAGAAAGAGCUUUCGCCAUUCUCUACCCUUCCAGGUAGAUCUCCGGGAAAGUCAAGAUCGGCUAAGUCAAAACAUCGACGAUCACCAUACUCACAGAAUACAAGCAACCAGGAAUUUCCUUCUGAAUUUGAGUUGGUUCCUGAAAUGGCCAACACUGACUAUUGUCAUAUAAUACAGCCAAAUCCACAUUACGAGGACCCUAUGGGGAAGUUUGAGCCUCUCUAUGGGCAUGCGUUUCCAGGCGUCUUCCACCCUGAUUACUUUCCUCAUCCAUCAUAUCAUCCGCAAACUCAGUCUUUUGCAGACGAUCGACUUCAUUGUAAACUUGAAGCAGAAAAGUAUUUUCCAUAUAAGAACAUGGAUCAUCUUUCAUCAUGUAUGAAUUCAUCUAGUCCCAAGUUAACUCAUUUAGAUACGUCAACUGAAAGCAGGACUAACAUUUCACCUCGAUUCGAAUACAGGUCCGCUGGACCCUGUUCCCGUAGCAGCAGUCGUGAUGCUGUAUCCGGGUAUCCUUAUAGCAACCAAUCGGAAUCUUCCACGUCAGAAAUUGACGUAGGUAACGAUGACAUUGAAAAACGAUCCUUAUCGUCAUCUUUUCAGCAAAAUCUUGAUACCGGUCAAAACACAAUCAAAGAAGAACAAUCACCAAAAACUUUCACAGCAACAGACAAUCAUCCGCACCCACAAUCACGUGGAAUCCAACAAUCUGUUAUCAUGCGUCACAGAGCGAACAUCGUGCCCGACACAGUAGCUGAUUCCCAAAAAUCAAUUCCCCAAAAUCAAACCAAAUACCCAGAUCACGAGGACAGAUCUGACCAACAUUUUCGUAAUCUACAGCAAAAUGGACAUACUGUUGGGGUGGAUCUACAUGCGAUUCAAGAUAGAAAUUUCAAUGCUCAAGAUAUUUAUUCGCAUUGUUUACGUGCUUCCUGUGCUUAUGACUCCUACACAAAUCAGACGGAUUACAGCCAAACCCCGAUCCCGACUCCUAAACAUUACUCAUCCGUUCCUCAGCCUGGAUAUGCCAGUGUUAUUGUGGAUACUCAGCAGUACCAUUUAGCGAACGGUUAUGUGCAUUAGAUAUGUUAUGCUAAAACAUGAGUUUUUAUAGGUUUUGUACAUUUUUCUCUCUCAGUAGCUUCCAUCUCUGGUGUGAGUAUAUCAGAGAAUUGUGCAACUCUAGGAACGGAUUGAAGGGAGGUGAUUUAGUCAACUAAAUGUCAAAAUGUCAAGAACCAAGAAAAUACAUAUGUAUUGAAAAAUGUUUUAGCGCCUCCUACUCAACCAUGGAAAUUUAUUGUACUUUGCUUGAAUUGAAUUUUUUGAUUGUCAUCAAAGAGACUUGAUUUUAAUCCCCUCCCCCUCCCCACAUCGGAAAUAAAGGUUUUCUACAUGUCUACAAGUAUCUAAAAAUAAGCUGGUGCAAUUCCAAUAA